GCGAAAUACAAUCAGAAGUAUAAUCAGUGUCUGUGUGUGUAUUCACGUAUUCGUUGACCCCCUUCCAGUCAUCAGCCCAAGUCAGCAUCAUAAUGACAAGAUACCAGUCAAAGCUUGAUGUUGAGAAGACACAGGAAGCUAUCAAAUACCUGAGGCAUUGUUUCCAGAAACACCUGUCAGCCAACUUGAAUUUACUGCGAGUUUCCGCUCCAUUAUUCGUGCCAGUGAACAGUGGUUUGCAGGAUGAUUUGUCUGGUGUAGAACGUGCCAUCUGCUUCGAUGUUCGAUCCGGUGAGCGUGCAUACAUCAAUCAGUCGUUGGCUAAAUGGAAACGCAUGGCACUGCACAAAUACCCGUUGAAGCACUACCAAGGCAUAUACACAGACAUGAAUGCGAUAAGACGUGAUGAAGACGUCUCUUCAUUGCACUCCUACUAUGUGGAUCAAUGGGAUUGGGAGCUGGUUAUCCAGAGAGAUCAGAGGAAUGAGAAGACAUUGGAGGAAGUCGUUGAAAAGAUAUAUGAUGCUAUGAAGCAGACGGAGAAAAUGUUGCUGAGCGCAUAUCCAGUGUUGACUAGAAAGCUACCGGAUAAGAUAACAUUUCUGAAGACACAAGAACUGGAGGAUCUGUAUCCGGAGAAGACACCUGUAGAACGCGAGUAUCUUGCAGUCAAACAGUAUGGUGCUGUCUUUCUGAAGCAAAUCGGCAAGGUGUUGAAGUCGAAGCAAGUGCACGACAAACGAGCUCCAGACUAUGAUGAUUGGGAGUUGAAUGGAGAUAUCCUGGUGUACAGUGAACACGAUGACAGAUGCAUUGAACUGUCAUCGAUGGGGAUCCGAGUGGACGAAGUGUCGAUGGAUAGUCAGUUACGACAGAGUAGUUGUGAAUCCCGGCGUCAAUUCGAAUAUCAUCAGAAGGUGCUGUCUGGUGAAUAUCCACUGACAAUAGGUGGUGGUAUUGGACAGAGUCGACUGUGUAUGUUCUUCCUGGAGAAGAAGCAUAUUGGUGAGGUGCAGGUUAGUAUAUGGCCAGAACAUGUCCGUCGUGAAUGUGAGGAGAAUAAUAUCUUCUUAUUGUAAAUAGAAUGGAUCGAUUCCUCCAAACAGCUAAUCUUCCAUAGGCAAAUACUGUUCAUCCUGAUUGUUCAUCUGUGACGCAUUAUCUCUCCAAAU